ACCGCCUAACCUCAGAAAAGGUAUCUACAGCACUCCAAGAAAGAUGAUCAAGUUUUUUCUUAUGGUGAACAAACAAGGCCAAACAAGGCUGUCUCGUUAUUAUGAGUACAUGGACCUUCGUAAACGGACAAUGCUGGAAGCUGAAGUCAUCAAGCGCUGCCUUUCCCGAUCAAAGGAGCAAUGUUCCUUCAUUGAGUACAAAGAUUUUAAGCUGGUAUAUAGACAAUAUGCUGCCCUUUUCAUAGUGGUUGGAAUUAAUGAAACUGAGAACGAAAUGGCUGUAUAUGAACUAAUUCAUAAUUUUGUGGAAGUUUUGGACAAGUAUUUCAGCAGAGUGAGUGAAUUAGAUAUAAUGUUCAAACUGGACAGAGUACACAUUAUUUUGGAUGAAAUGGUAUUAAAUGGAUGCAUUGUGGAAACCAACAAGAACAGAAUUCUUGCAUCUCUUCUUGUCCUUGACAAAAUAGCUGAAAGCUAGAAAGACUAACCAGCGAAGGAUAUAU